AUGGCGCCACCCCUCAUGUCGAGGGUCACCCAGUCCUGCGGAGGUUCGCUACAGCUUGUUCUUCCCGCCUCUUUGCGCACUCACCCUCCGCCCCAGCGGCGCCCACGAAGCGCGUGGUCAAUCGCAGCCAAUUUUGGCACCGAGGCCUCCAGGUGCCCUGUGUGAAGGCGGAGCCCUGCUGCAACCGCCUCCUCGGCGCCACGGAGAAGACCUCCUCCCGCCUUCCCCUCGCGUCUCCCCCAGGAAAGCUCUGCGUACAGCGCCGAGCGGCGCACGCCGGGCAGUUCCUGCGGUACGGCAGAGCGCAGCCGGAUCCCGCACCUAGCUUGCCGGCCAGUGGACGCCAGGACCAUGGCAGCCAAGGGACCCGGCCUUCGUACUCUGGCGCGCAGCCGCUUACCAGGACUAUGGGCCGCGGCGCUGCUACUGCUCUGUCUACCGCGCCUCUCCGUGAAGGCAGAUGGGAAACUUUUUGUGCUGGAGUCUCAGAAUGGCUCUCAGGGCCUGGCACUGGAGGCAGCACAGCGUUCCUGCAGGAGCAGGGGUGCCCACCUCGUGUCUGCAGAUGAGCUACGCAGGUUGGUCCAGGACUGCGCCCUCUCAGUGUGCACCACGGGCUGGCUGGCAGAAGGCACCCUCGGAUAUCUGACUACCUUAAGACAUCAUGUUGUGAGGAAGCCCAGGCUCUAUGAAGAGACCACAUACAAGUCCUGUGGAGACCCGCCUUCAUUCCCACACACCAUCCUGCAGGGACGCACCGGCUUGGAAAUGGGGGAUGAGUUGCUGUACGUGUGUGCCCCAGGCCACGUCACAGGCCAGCGUGAGACUGCCUUCACCUUGUUGUGCAACAGCUGUGGGGAGUGGUACGGCCUGGUGCAGGCCUGCGGGAAAGAUAAGGCUGAGGCACAUAUUGACUAUGAAGACAAUUUCCCUGAUGACAGAUCUGUGUCAUUCCGAGAGCUCAUGGAGGAUUCCCGAGCAGAGACAGAGGUGGACAGGGAUCAGGAAGAAGCCUCUGAGGAGGCUCCAAAGCAGGACCGCCUUCUCACCGUUUCUCUGGGGAAAGAAAACAAAGCCCAUGAUCAAGUCUUUGUUCCAAGCACAGGCUUGCCCAGUGCUGGAAGCAUUGCCCCCACAGAUUUGCCAGGAUCUCAGCUCAACCACAAGUACUUGUUCUGGUUACCCUCUGAGACUGUCUACAAGCCUGAGUUGGAAAAGGAGAUGGAAGACGACACCAAAAAGCAGUUCCCUGAGGGAGACAACUACAGCGGUGUGAAAGUGGGUGCAGGUGAAUCUGAAACCAAGGUGAUCUAUAGCAGCACUGAGGGCCUCUCAGGGUCAUUUGUGGGGAGGAACAGCAGCAGGGCAGGGGACCCAAUGGUGAGCAGCAGUGACGAGUCCUGGUUAGAUGGCUACCCUGUGACUGAUGGGGCUUGGAGGAAGAUAGAGGCAGAAGAGGAGGAAGAAGGAGACAAGGGAGAUGGGUCAGUGGGGUUAGAUGAAAGUGUUCUGGUUACUCCCAACCAGCCCAUUCUUGUGGAAGUUAAAAAGCCCAGGAGUACCACCCUUACACCAAACGAGGACAUGUCCAUGAGCCAUAGUUCAGUUCUUCCAUCUCAAAAACUAGAUGUGGAGGUUUUAACUCUUAAACCCACAAAUGUGGCUAAGACUGAGGGCUCCAGCAGAGUGGAUAGUGGUGUGACCAGGAACCAGUUAACUAUACCUUGGAGAAUGGCCACAGAAAAGUCUCCCCUGGCCACCCUACCUUAUGAACUCACCAGCUCUACUCUGGACACAGUAACAUCAACUAUCCCACAGAUGCCUAACUACAUCCCCCCAACUACCAUGGUGGCCACCCAGCCACCAGUGGAAACCACUGCUCCUGAGGCCCAGGAGAGCUUCCCAUACUUGCUGUCUGAGGACUUCUUGGAACAGGAAGGCCCCGGCCCAGAUGCAAGCGAGAAAUUUCAUCCAACCUUGGAGCCAUGUGUGGGGGACGAGUGUCGCAGCUUCAGCAGAGGCCCAGUAAUCGCCACCGUUGUCACUGUCCUGUGCCUGCUGCUGUUCCUGACAGGCAUGGGAGCAGUGUGGGGUUACCGCAAGUGCCAACACAAGAGCUCUGUGUACAAACUGAACGUUGGCCAGCGGCCGGCUCGGCACUACCAUCAGCAGAUUGAGAUGGAGAAGGUCUAG